AUGCACCGAGCGUUGAGUGGGAUUGCUUUGGCAGCCUUCGUGGCUGACCUCGCGACUGCCAUUCCACUUGACACCCGUCAUGUUGGAGCCCAACCUUAUCUAGUCUCACUGGGACCUCGACCCUACUAUCUCGUGCAUAAUAUGACCGAUGGUCCAUUGAAAGAAAAGCUCGUGUCAUGUGAGAACAAACCUGUGAGCAUCAGCUCCUUCAGCAUUGGACACCGCGGGGGUGGCACCUUGCAGAUUCCUGAAGAGUCAGUCGAGUCAACUUUGGCCGGCGCUCGCAUGGGCUCCGGAGUCCUGGAAUGUGACAUUGCCUUUACGUCGGAUCUGGGACUGGUGUGCCGACACUCCCUAUGCGACUUGCACACGACCACCGACAUUCUCCUGCGACCGGAACUGGCGGCCAAAUGCACUGUGCCAUUCACCCCGGCUAACGAGACGGCGGAUGCCGACGCUCUUUGCUGCACGAGUGACAUCACUGAGGCUGAAUUCAUGACACUGUGCAGCAAGAUGGACGGAUUCAAUGCCAGCGCAGAGACGGUUGAGGACUACCAGUACGGAGCGCCCUCGUGGCGGACAUCGCUGUACGACACAUGCGGCGAGGUAAUGUCGUAUUCAGGCUGGAUCGACUUGGUCGACUCGAUCCCAGGGUACCGCAACUUCACACCGGAACUCAAGACGCCGCCCGAGGAGGUUCCGCUGCCGUUCAAUGGAUACACGCAGGCGCAGUACGCCCGGGAUGCGAUCCAGGUAUUUAUCGACAAGGGGAUCGACCCCUCACGAGUGUGGAUGCAGUCCUUCACCCCGGCUGACAUCUACCUGUGGCUGAACGAGUACCCCGAAUUUGGGGCGCAAGCAGUAUUUCUCGACGAAGACGGCGACGCCGAGGGCAACUACACAGUUGCAGUGGCACGGCUACCAGACCUCAAAGCCAGCGGUGUCAACAUCAUCUCCCCACCCAUCAACUACCUCCUCGAGGUUGGCGGCCCCGACAACAACACCAUUGUGCCUUCAUCAUACGCCACGACAGCCAUGGAGGCAGGACUCGAAAUUAUCGCUUGGUCUUUUGAACGAUCAGGCCCAUUGACUCUGGUCCGCGCCAAUGACGAGUACUACUACCAGACCGUUGCCCCCGUCGUGUCAUAUGACGGUCAGGCCUAUGAGGUCAUCGACGUGCUGACCCGUCAAAUUGGUAUCAAGGGGUUGUUCACGGACUGGUCGUCCACCGUCACUUAUUAUGCCAAUUGCUUCGAUCUGCUUGGUCCUGGGUCCUGAUCAUUGGAAUCCCGAUCCCUUGGGAUUUCACAUUGGGCGUACAAAGAGACAGAGAGGAUGAUAUAUAAGAGCAAGAACAAGAACUUGAAACAGCAGACCAGAACUCGACGAGUACAGAUGACUACAGUGAUGUGUGGGUGGUAAUGAUAUGUUG